AAUGCACUAUCCUUCUUUGCAGACACUCUUAUCCUUCAUGCUUUCUAGUUAGUUUGUGUUAACCCAUUUCUAGGCUGGACUGUGUUCGCUUGUGAAAACAAAAGCUGCCAUGCUGCUGCUCCUAGAUCUGACUAUGGUGCCCCUCAUUCUUUGCGUUAGCAACUCAGCUGUUGCUGGGCUCAGUUUGAUUGCUGAAAACGAAGAUGCCCUCCUGAGACACUUAUUUCAUGGGUACCAGAAAUGGGUCCGACCUGUUGAAUACUCCAACGAUACAAUAAAAGUCCUUUUUGGCUUAAAGAUAUCUCAGCUUGUGGAUGUGGAUGAAAAGAAUCAGCUGAUGACAACAAAUGUGUGGCUGAAACAGGAAUGGACUGACCAUAAGUUGUGCUGGAAUCCUGAGGACUAUGGUGGGAUCACGGCGAUCCGGGUUCCGUCAGAGUCGCUGUGGCUCCCGGACAUUGUUUUGUUUGAAAAUGCCGAUGGACGUUUUGAAGGCUCCCUGAUGACCAAAGCCAUAGUGAAAUACAAUGGGCUUGUUACCUGGACUCCACCAGCCAGUUAUAAGAGUUCCUGCACUAUGGAUGUGACGUUUUUCCCAUUCGAUAGACAGAAUUGUUCCAUGAAAUUUGGAUCCUGGACCUAUGAUGGCAACAUGGUUGACUUGAUUUUAGUAGAUGAAAAUGUUGAUAGGAAAGACUUCUUUGAUAAUGGAGAGUGGGAAAUCCUAAAUGCCAAAGGCAUGAAAGGCAGCAGAAAGGAUGGGUUGCAUUCCUACCCAUUCAUUACUUACUCCUUCGUUUUAAGACGCCUCCCACUCUUUUACACUCUUUUCCUAAUCGUCCCUUGCCUUGGAUUAUCUUUUCUAACUGUGCUGGUGUUCUAUUUGCCUUCUGAUGAAGGGGAAAAACUUUCAUUAUCUACAUCCGUUUUAGUCUCCCUUACCGUUUUUCUUUUAGUAAUUGAAGAAAUAAUACCAUCUUCUUCCAAAGUCAUUCCUCUGAUUGGCGAGUAUUUGUUGUUUAUUAUGAUUUUUGUAACCCUAUCAAUUAUUGUUACUGUUUUCGUUAUUAACGUGCACCAUCGGUCCUCAGCAACCUACCAUCCUAUGGCUCCCUGGGUUAAAAGACUCUUCCUUCAAAAGCUUCCUAGGCUAUUAUGCAUGAAGGGCCAUGUGGACCGCUAUUCCUUUUCAGAGGCUGGAGGAACUAUCCCAGUGUCAAAAUCAAAGAUCUUGGGCAAAAAGAAACAGAAACAAGUCAAGGAUGGAGAAAAAAUUGUGAUUGCUUUUUUGGAAAAAGCUGCUGAUUCUAUUAGAUACAUCUCUGGCCAUGUAAAAAAGGAGCAUUUCAUCAGGCAGGUAGUUCAAGACUGGAAAUUUGUAGCUCAAGUCCUCGAUCGGAUCUUCCUGUGGUUAUUUUUGGUGGUGUCAGUGACAGGUUCUGUUUUAAUAUUUACCCCCGCUUUACAGGCGUGGUUAAGCAGCAGUUUAUAGGAAUAAAUUCAUGUGUUAAUGUGGAGAAUGGCUGAAAGAUACAGUUGCCCCUUGAGACUGAUGGGUCUUUUAAUUUUCAAUGAGUGCAGGGUCGACAAAACCAAAUUGAGAUGGAAAUGAAAAUGCAUUGCCUUCUGGCUGCAGUACAUGAUAUUGAUAAUAAUAAUUAUGCUUCUCACUUGAAUAGUGCUUUACAUCUGCAAAUUGCUGUACAACUUGAGGGCUCAAUUGUGUAGCCCUUAGGUUGCUGGGUAUUUACUUGCCCAUUGAAAUCAAUGAAACUACUUGUGCGUGUAAGUGUUCAUUAAUGUGAGCAAGGUUUGCACAACUGGGCCCUAACUAAUUAAUCCUAUAAAGGCUGAUUAUAUUACAAUAUGAUUUCAUGAUUUUUUUUUUGAAAGGUGACUGUUUCUUUUUGAUCCAAAUAGUCUGUUAACAAAUGGGAUCCUCAUGUAUUAAAUAUGCUACGUUCAAAGAAAAAUUAAAUAGUCUAGGAAUACACAGGGCACUGAUGCGCUAAGGUUUUGUCAGUCCACCUUGUUAUCUUUAAGUGUAAUAAGCACAGCUGUUUUAUAUACCUAUCUAGGUGUUCCAUAACCGGCUAUUACAAGGUGUGUGUUUGUGCAUUAGAAAAUAUAAACAUGUUACAGGUGGGAUUUUCCAAAGUGCUCUGCUUUGGCAUAACUCUGCUCCCAUUGAAGUCACUAGAAUAUAAACCCUAGGAUUAGCAGGUUUGUGGGGACAGAAUGUCUUAACUCCCCCUAGAAGAACUGAGGGCAUACUCUUACCUCCUUCCAGAUUAUUUGCAUACCUUGGUUUCUGUCUCCCCCAUGGUAAAUGAGGAAAAUUGUGGGCCUGUACUGGCUGGCAGGUAUAAUUUGCAUUUAUGUCAGGAGGCAUUCCCAAAGCUGUGCAAUCUGAGUUUGCUCAUGUUCCAGACUUACAAACUGUGAUACAUUUUCUAUGUAAUUUCAGGUACAUGAAAGCAAGGGUUAAGUGUAACAAGACCUUCUGGGGUCCCUUCCAACCCUUAUAUUCUAUGAUUCUAUGAUUCUAUAAGACUG